AAAAGACGGGCUCUUAGUAUCAUUUGCUUAAUUGUCUGUUAUGUUUUUUUGUCAGUUUGGUAUCCCUUAAAUUUGGGGAGGAAAAUUCAGGGAAAAGUCCUUUUUUUUUUAUGCGUUUUUCUAUGUUGUCCAUCCAUCCUUGAAUUUUUCUCUCUCAUUUUUAAAGGGAUACAAAAUCGACCCUUUCUCUUAAAAAUCCUGUCAAUCUACUGAUUAAAUUUUUUCAGUCAUUAAAACAUUGUGACUGCUAUUUCAAAUGCUCUUAAGUUUGGCUUGAUGUAUGCUUGAAAUUAGAGGAAUUUGGAGAAACGGGAAGAUAAUUCAGAAGAAACUAAUUCUUUGGCUAGCAAUUGCAGAUUUGGUAUCUAGGAAGUGUUGGCAGAUAAGAUCAAGGAAAGAUAUUUCUAAUCAUUAAUGGAAUUGGAAUCAAGUGCACUUUGUUCUCACAAUAUAAAGAACUUAUUCUGAACUAAUAUAAUAAUCAUUGACCACAGUCAUUGAUGUACUAUUAUUUCAAAUUUUAAGUUUUGCGGGAGUUGCCAAAUCCAUUGAAAAAUUCCAUAGAUAAAUCAAAUAUUUUUUGAGAUAACAGGACAUCCAAAGCUCUCUUUGCACAAGCCUACAGUUUAGAAAUUGAGACACAACCUAAAAAUUGAAUUAAAUUUCAUAGGUGUGAUUCUGGCAACCUCAUAUCUAGAUUUUUACCAUGUUCAAAACUUGAAAUUCAAUAUUAAGAUAUUUAUAUUCAUAUUCUGUGGUUAAUUCUGUUCUUGUACCAAGAAUGGGACCACCUCCUAUUAAGUAUGGUUUGUGCUAAGCAGAUGCAUUACCCUUAAAGGAAUCCCUUCAGUUUUGACCAUGACAACAAAUCUAUCUCCUUCUCCUGGAUUUCAUAAAGAAGAAAAAGUUCUCUUGGAGAUUGGGACUUCCGAAAAGCAGUUGUGGGCAUUGAUCCAUUCUAAGGGCCUUUUGCACUCAGAAGUUCAAGACUUGUAUCGCAAGGUUCGGUCUAGUUAUGAGAGAAUGAUUUUGAACAAUCGUACACUUUCAGAACUUCAGGAUGUUGAAUAUUCUUUGUGGAAGCUCCACUAUAAGCAUAUUGAUGAAUUUCGCAAAAUAAUAAAGAAAAGCACCGGUAAUGUGGACAGCAAAAAAUCAGGAAUGCCACAAAAUCAUGUUGGGCAGAGAGACAAUGAUAAUCAUUUAAGGUUGUUUAAGUUAUUUCUGACAGAAGCUAUUGAGUUUUACCAAACUAUGAUUGUAAAACUCAGAAAACAUUAUGGAGUCCCAUUAGAGGCUUUGUUUUAUAAAAAGGGUUGGAUCUCUACUUCUGUUGAACCAGAUGUCAGGCUGAAAUGUCAGUAUUUAUGUCAUCGAUGUUUAGUUUGCAUGGGGGAUCUUGCCAGGUAUAAACAACAAUGUGAAAACCCUGAUAUUCAAAAUCAUAAUUGGUCUGUUGCUGCCACCCAUUAUUUGGAAGCAACAAGGAUUUGGCCAGAUAGUGGCAACCCACAAAAUCAGUUGGCAGUACUGGCAACAUAUAUUGGUGAUGAAUUUCUUGCUCUGUAUCACUGUGUAAGAAGUUUAGCAGUUAAAGAACCUUUUCCUGAUGCCUGGAACAAUCUUAUCUUGUUGUUUGAAAAGAACAGGUCAUCUCCUCUGGCAUAUGUUUCCAGCGAAGUCUGUUUAGAUUUCUUAAAGCCUUUUCAAAAUAUUGGUGAAGUGGCCAAGGCACAACGGAAUGUUGAUAGCUCAAACUGCCACAAAUUUGAAGGCAAAAGUAAUCUUUUUACAGACACAAAGUUAUGGUCUCUUAUGGUCCGAACAAUAAGUUUCCUCUUCAUAAGUUCGAGUUUAGAGGAUUUCUCUGGUGCAUUGGCAUCUACAAUAUGGGAGUUGGAUAAAAUGAUGGAGCUAGAUGAUAUAGAACUAAAGACCAUGUUGGAAUCAUAUAGUCAAAUGGAUUUAGCCAGAAGAGGUCCUUUCCGAGCCAUACAAGUAGUUUCCAUUCUCAUAUUUUCCCUAACAAAUCUACUUGAUAAACUUGGAGAAAAUGAAUCAGAAGACAAAAACCAUAGGCAGCUGAUGCAGAUGGCAUUAACUGCCACAUUCAGCUUCAUGGGACGUUUCAUUGAAAGAUGCCUGAAGGCUAGUUCAUUGAAUCAUUGCCCCUUGUUGCCCUCAGUGCUUGUCUUUGUGGAAUGGUGUUCCAGCAUGCAUGAAGUAUAUGCAACCGAUCAAAAGAGUAUAAGAGCCAUAUCUUAUUUUUUUGAUGUGUUUGUUGAACUUCUAAAUCAACUAAAUAAUGAUAGAAAGGAAAACGAGAAGCUUCUUCAGAGAACUCCUCUCUGGGAGGAUUAUGAGUUGAGGGGCUUUGUGCCUAUAGCUUGUUCACAUCUCCCAUUAGAUUUCUGCGGUAACUGGGAACACAUAGACAAUUUUGAAAGUGGAAUUGAAUUGCGUACUGAGCGCAUUAGAGAAGCAGCAAAGAAGAUUGCAAGUAGAUCAAAUGAUUUGCAGAAGUGGAUAACAUGUGACAAAUUAGGAAAACAAUUUUAUGUUGCUAGAUCGGAUGAAGAUCAUGACAAGAAAGAAACAGAAAAUGUGGAGUCCAAUUGCAAUAGUACAAAAGUCAAAGAGCCUAAUCAGCAAACUAACAAAGACACAGCAGAACACGGUAAAUGGAUGACAGAGGAUAAUCCAAGUAGCUUCAGCACCAAUGGAAAAUGUUCUGUAGUGGAAGAUGAAGAAGUUAUUCUCUUCAGGCCUCUCACAAGGUAUAAUUCGGCACCAUCAUACCCCUCUAUUUCAACAGAUGAGCGAAUGUCACUAAAAGAUAAGGAUGACCAAAGCAUACCAUCUGAUGAGUGUUUGCGCCGUGCUACAUCUCUGCUUAUGGCACAAAACCCAGCUCCAACUCCAACUGAUCCAUGGGAAUUCCAUGGCAGCAUUUUGAAUUUCACGAGUGAGAAAUCAUUCAAACAGCAAGAACCUUCAACAAAGGAAUCAAAUGCAAACAGUUUCUCAGAGACUCCAAUCUCUGCUGGCCCUCCCUCACUCAAUGCUUGGGUCCUAGAUAGAGGAAGCUUGAGCAACAACAGAAAUAAUGGGACAAAUGGUCUUGGUGAGCACAGGUUGCAACCCAUUGAGGAAAUAGCUUCUUCUUUGGCUGGUCUUUCCAUAAAUAAAACUGAGAAUUCAGUCACAAGUUCAGUGAAUGAAUCUUCAGACUUCCAUUCAUCUUCUGCUACAUAUUCUCUCCCAGUACCUUCUGCUCCAUUAUUGCCUGAUAAUGCUACCUGGUUUACUGAUGCACGACCUAGUUUAUCUUCUCCAUUAUUUCAAGACAACUCAUUGCCAAAAGCUGGUUAUUUGGAUUGGAGUUCUACCUAUGGACAACAUGGAUAUGAUCCUAGAUUUCCUGUUAUUUCCAGUGGAUACCCACCACCUGGAAGAAUGACUUCUUCAGAAUGGCUGCGUUGGUACCGAGAGAAUUACAAACCAGAUAGAGCCAACAAUUAUAUGCAGCCAACACAUUUGAAUACUCCUGUUCCUGGAAAUCAUGUAAACUUUCUCUAUCAUGACACUUACAGGUUUGAUCAGUUUGAUAGAUGGGGCAACCCUUUGUCCUCUACUCAUUACACGUAUAUGGAGCCGCCGGGGCCCCCACCAUUGCAGCCUGCCUUUCUGUCGGCUUAUGGUGCAGUUGAAAACAAAGCCAGUGUGUACAACAAUUUUCAAAGACCAAGCCCUUAUGGUUGCGGUGCUGUGACAGACCUGAGAAAUGAGCCACAGCCACUGCUAGAGUGCUUGAAGGAGAAGGAAUGGCAACUCCAGCGAGAUCCUAACCUAAGAGGACCCACAUUCAUGGGAAAUUAGUUCUCGUUUGCAACUUUUGUUCCACGCACCAUUUUAAGAACUGUACAACUUGGUACAAGCGUAGAUUAGUAUAAAUGUGUGCAUAUAUUAAGAUGUUUUAGUCGUUGUCGAGGAAUUCAAAAGAAAGUGGAUGAGGUAUCCUCCAAUCAACUUUUUAUCUCAUUCAAAUCCACAUUUUUAUUCAUAAUCAUUUUGUUCUAGGAUAUUAUGCAUGUAAAAUAUGUGAAGUUAGACGACGUUUGCUCAAUACGUUUACCCUGCAGGUUUCCUGCACAAACUGACCAAGUCUUUAUUAAACAUCAUAUUCAUUUGAUGGACUUGUCACAAAGUGUUCUAGAUAUAGAAACAACCAGAAAGUGGAAAUAAUUACUAAACAUUAUAAAAUGAUACAUAAUAUAUUCAGAACAAU